AUGAAGGUAUCCGCCAUUAUCAUGAUCACCGCGGCUUCGGCUGCCCUCGCCGCUCCUGUUGCGGAGGCCAAUCCCGAGGCUGCUCCCGCCCCUCAAGCCACCUCAGGCUACACCAACUACGGAAAGUAUGACUACAGCCAGUAUGGAAGCUACGGCAGCUAUCCGGCCCCACCGGUGUCGAGCCCGAGCCCGAGCCCGAGCCCGAGCCCGGUUCCUCAGACGUACAGUGCUUACGGCACUUACACCGGCUACAAGCGCGCUACCGACUGGGUCAAGAGCUGGUUCGAGUAA